CUUGCAUGUAAAAGUAGUAUAUAGCUAGAUGUUUCCUUCGCAGUUUGACCUUUAUAAUAAUUAUAGAGCUGCGGAGUUGCGGGCUGUGUGAGUCAAACGUGCGAUAAGGACUGUGACACGACGGUGGUGUAGCGAUUCAACUGGGCUAAGCUCAAACCCAGCUACAAGAGCAAUAAAAGGUAUUAUUUUAGCAUUAACCACAUAAUGGGAAAUAGCCUGACAAAACGCCCAUCAGAGUAUAAUGGAGUUAGCUGCAAAUGUCAUAAGAGCUUACCACCUUGUAAAAAAUGGAGUCAAUUUACUGAACAAUACAUUUGCCGGGGAGCAGAUACUGUUGAGGUUUAUGUUUUUCUUGGAGGAAAAUACUACAGAAUUAAAAAUUCUCCCACUUAUUAUUGCAAUGCAUGCUUUUGGGAGCCUCAAACAACAAUGAAGGAGCAGGAGAAAAAUACUGAAGCUCAGAGACAGAGAGAAAUUAUGGAGAGAAAAGAAGAAGAACAAAGACAAAGGCAUCAAAAGAGAGCUGAAGAAGCACAAAGAAGUCUAGAAGAACGGAUGCGAUCAAGGAGAUUGAUGAUGGAAAUAGAAGAAAGAAAGCAGCAAAUGGCAAGGAGGGCAGAGGAAGCUCAGAGAGAAGUCGAGAAGCAAAAGAGGUUUUUGUUGGAACAGAUGGAAAGAAGAAAACAGGAAAGAAUAGCAAUAGAGCGUGAAAAGAAACAGCGGGAGAGAAGAGAAGUUGAAUAUGAACUUUCUCGAGGUAUUACUGAGGAGCAAAGUUUUUAUUCAUGGGUUUGGAAAAAGGAGAAAGAAAAAGUUCGUCAAGUUGUUGAAAUUCAAACACAUCAAAGGGAUAUCACUCUUACGACUCCUGACUACCAAGGAGCUGAAUGUGUGGAAUCAAUUAGAAGCCGUGAAAUUCUGAUUGGAUCAGAAAGUGAAAAAGACAUAGAUUUCGAAGAAGAUACAGGAGAAUUAUUUGAACAGCUCUUGGAGGCAGUAAGUGAAAUGCAAAUAUCAGAUAGAACAGUUAAAAAGGAAUGGCUGGAAUGUGCCCAGACCCGCUUUCUACUACAGUAUUGUCAAGCAAGGCACCUAACAACAGUUGAAGAGCAAUCGAUUACAUAUUCACUUGUUAAUGUUCGAAAACACCUCAAUAUUGAGGAGUUACUCUCCCUUACUAAGGUUAUGGGUCACCUAAUUGCGAAUCUUGAUAGUUUCACAGCUGCUGAUAAUAUGGAUGAAACAAGCAUAUUUCUAAUUCAUCUAAUGGACUGCGGAAUAAGCUUAGGUUACUAUGAAAGCAUUUUUUUGAAUAAUUGCUUAAAUGUCCUUGUUUCCGUGAUACUGAAGGACCCUGAGUUUCAAGCAAUGUUUUUUCAACCCAGUCCCAGACGGUGGACAACACAAGAAAGGUACUAUAUUCUGAGAAUAUUCUUCCAACACAAUGUAUCAAUGGCCAACCUCAAAUGCAUUUAUCACUUAAUUCAGUCCUAUAGCAUACCAUUUCAAGUUGUACGAGAACUUUUUGAAGAGACCCCAAACAAAUUACAAAUGUCACUUGCUGAAUAUGUAAAAAACGAACCAGAAGUUGACUUCGGCACUAUUCUACUUGAAAUUGAAAAGAGUGAGCUCCUAGAGAGUGGAACGGUGGACAGAAGUAUAAUGGUAGACCUAAAGGAUAUUUUAUCCCAAGUUCAUCAAAAUAGCUCUGAAUUUGAUCUUGAUUACAAGAAAUAUCUUAGUCCUGUAGCAAUUUCGGCUGCAAAAUUGUGUUUAACAGACCUUAGAAGUGGAAGUGUUGCUACAGAGAGAAUUGCUUCUGCCAUUACAACACUUGCAUGUGCAGUUAAAGACACCACACCCUUUUUUCCUCAUGAGGCACAGUUGGCUGCUCUAGCCAUUCUCAUUCUCUCCAGCUCCAGAUCAGUAAACCAUCUACUCGAGGUUCUCACAGGGGAAGGCAAAUCGUGCAUAAUAGCAAUGUUUGCUGCAGCACUUGGCAUGCAAGGAAAGCAUGUAGACAUCAUUACAAGUUCUCCUAUCCUAGCUUGCCGUGAUUCUGAAGACUGGAAGCAGUUUUACUCAACUUUUGGCCUUACUGUGAGUCAUAAUACAGAUUUUAACAAGGUUUCAGCUGACAAGGAAAAAGAUGCAGAUGAAGCAAAAAGGAAAUGCUAUAAAAAUCAAAUUUUGUAUGGCACUGUUAGCAGUUUCGCUGCAGAUGUUCUUAGAGAAGAAUUUCAAAGAAAAGAGAUAAGAUGUAGUCGCAGUUUUGAUGCUGUAAUUGCAGAUGAAGUAGACCUUCUACUACUGGACGAGGGAGUAAAAUUUACUUAUCUUUCACACGAUGCUGCAUUCUUACACCAUAUGGAGCCAGUUAUUGCAAGUGUCUGGGCAGUAGUUGGGCAGUACAGACCAUUAAAAACAGCGGAUGGGUACAUUUUUUAUGCUCGAGAUCAAUAUCCAUUCUUUGAAGCUAUAUUUGAAGUAAUAUGUUCUGAAUGCCAGUUUAAUGAUGUACUCGACAUUAUUGAACUAGCUGAAAAGACUGGCUUCAUAAGUAAAGAAAUUCAACUGAAGCUAGUAGAAGGUAGUCAUGAAGAAAAGAGAGAGGCAAUAAAAUGCAUAAAUACUGAUACUAUCAUAGAGAUCAUACAAGAAGUGCGAAAGUGCACCGGUUUGUUUCUUGUACCUUACAUAGUUGGCCAAGAUGGGCAAAUAAUUUCAACAAAAUCGUAUUUGGCACACUCGCCAAUGGAAUACACGAAGAACAUUCUAAUAUUUGACCACGGAGUUGCAACUGCCUUGUAUAGCCGCACAGAACUAGCAGAGGGAACAGUAGAGAAAGUCCAGGAUAACAUUGAAUUCUCAAGUACAGCAGAAGGCCAUGGUGAUAAUGAAAUGCUAAUAGUUCCCCUCUUUUUGGAGACAUUUGUGACACACCAGUUACCGGUAUAUGUCAAUAGUGCAAUUCAAUGUUUGCAGAUGCUAGAAGACAGGGAAUAUGCUAUCAUGGAUGGUAGGAUUAUCCCAGUUGAUUUUCAAAACAGUGGAAUACUGGAACUUAACAAAAAAUGGGGUGCUGGUUUGCAACAAAUGCUGGAGAUGAAACAUGGGCUAUGUUUGAGCCCUAUGUCUGUGGUAACAAAUUUCAUGUCUCACAUUGAACUUUUUUCAAGGUACAAAUAUAAUGGUAUCUAUGGGCUAUCUGGGACACUCAGCAUUGAAUGCUCAGCCACCAAAGAGCUACUGAAAGAACUUUUUAAUGUUAAAGUUGGCUGUGUUCCUUGCCACAAGCAUCGAAAAAUAUAUGAGAAAGACGCAAUAAUUGUUAAUGGCAGUAAUGAAGACUGGUUUAGAGAGAUAACAAAAGCUGUUGAUGAUGCUGUAGAGCCAAAACCCUGGAAAGGAAGCGGGCGUGCAGUUCUCAUACUCUGUGAAGACAUUAGAACAGCAGAGCAAUUGAGAAGACAUGUCCUUCAAAGAAAACUGGCAAAGUAUACAGAAAAAACAGUGAAGUUGUAUGCUUAUAGUAGUUCCGAUGAAACUAAAACAAUUGAUCAUACCAUGACCCCUGGAGAAAUUAUAAUUGCAACAAAUCUUGCGGGUAGGGGGACAGAUUUAAAAGUAACAGAGGAAGUCAAGGAGAGUGGAGGACUUUUCUGCAUAUUAACGUUUCUUGCACGCAAUCGAAGAGUAGAAUUGCAAGCAUUUGGGAGAGCGGCCAGGAAAGGUGAUCCAGGAUCAGCACAAUGUAUCAUCCAUGCCGCUUCUCUUUCACAGCACUACAGAAAUUGUGAUGCUGAGUCAAUGAGAAAGCUAAGGGAGGAUGCUGAGAAUGUCCGUUUAAGAACAAUGAUGAAGCGAGACAUUAAACAAGUGCAAUGUAAGGAGGCACUUUUCAAGAAGCACUGUAAGGCUCUUGAAAGAAUACAUUCACUGCUUGGGCACAGGGAUGAUAUAAAAAUAAUAAUUGACUGCCUAAAUGAAGUAUGGGGUCAAUGGCUCCAGAUGAAGAAUGAGGAAAUAUUAGGUGAGACCCGUAAUGAAGAAAUACUGCAUGAGGAGCUUGAUGCACAACAUAGAAAUUGGAUUAUAAAAAUAGAUGGCGAUGUUCUAUCCUUCCCCUUUAUAAACUAUUACCACUUGAUGAAAUUUGCUAAUAAUUUACUCAUCUCAAUGAAGGAGGAAAAUCUUGCCAGAGCUCAUCGGUACUACAGUAAGAGCAUUGAGCUUGAGCCUCGGUAUGCAUUCAUUGCUCAUUAUAAUCGUGCCUACUGCACCAUAGUGAAGAAAGGAAGCAAUUACAAAAAGGAAGCUUUGGAAGAUUUGGAAAAUGCAAGCAACACUCUAGUGAACUACAUGAGUGAUGUAACAUAUGUUUUACAGUGUGUAACUCUACUGAUGAAAAAAAAUUCAAAUGAAGGCAUUCAGGACUCAGAAAAUGAUGAAGGAUUUACUGUCCAAAUGAAAACUCGAAUACAAAUACUACACUUCCUAUCCAACAACAUGGAAGAAUCAAUUAAAAUUAUUCAAGAAAUGAAAGAAAGUGAUAAUAUUGCAUCCAACCCAAUUGGUAUCUUUUCACUUAUACCCAGCCUACAUGGCACAACACACCGAGAGCUCUAUGGACUGUGGAAUCAAGGCCUUGAAAUGAUGUUUUCUUUGAAAACCAAACCUGCAUUUUGUUGGAGUGCUGCAGUGGUUUGUACCCUUGGCGUAGCACAGCUAAUAACUGGAGUGGUGCUAUGUGUUUGUACUGUUGGAACAACAGCAUCAAUUGGAGUGACCCUAAUAGUUGAAGGAAUAUCUGACUGUAUGGACGGAAUUAUUGGAAUGUGGAGAGGAGAAUUCAGCUGGACUUCAUGGGGCCUAAGCAAAGCAGCUGGAUUGACAUUGUCCAUUUUCUCCGGUGGCAUUUCUCGUGUUGUUACUAAAGUACCAAAAAUUGCCAAAGUGGCAAAAGUCGCCAACCAAAUACGGAAGGAAUUUGGUGCUGCUACUAAAAUGGUAAAUGUAGGGUAUUCCAAAUGCAUUAAAGGCAAUUUGAAGCAUGUUUUAAAGUAUGUGGGAAAAGAGUUUGUAGAACAAGCUGCAAUGCAAGGAUUAUCACUGAUUGAAAAGGAAGUACUUGAUGGUGUUUGUAGAAUGAUUGGUGAUCUAUGCAAAGAACAAGCGAAGAACUCUAUACAGACAUCAUUUAUGCAGGGAGUUUUGGGAAGAUACACUAACAUACUUGUUGUAUUGAAGUUACCAACACACAUGAUUGUAGAGAAUAGUCAAUUGCCACCAGCAUUUGUAAGGCAAGCAUGUGAUUUUUUCACUGGUUUAGGGGAUGAAGCUGUCAAAGCACUUGUAUCAACAAGUGACAUAGAACAAAUAUUGAAGAAAGCAUCUUCAAAACUGUUUCAAAAGCUCAUUAAACUGUGUAAACCGGGUAAAAGUGUUCAUGCUGUAAUGGAAAUUGUUAGAACAGGUGGCAUCGUAGUUGAAGCUCAAAACCAGAUUAGAGUCUUAGUUCAACGUUUUAUUCCAGAAGCUGAAAAACUGUGUGAAGGUUAUGAAAAAUCAAAAACUCUUCCUCCUCUCGAGCAACAAUCUGCUUCCACUAUUUCCGACUCUCCUUCAGUAUUACAUUUGAAGGAAAAGCUAAUUGACAUACUUGAAGACAUUCUCGCAUCUGCCAUUGCUACUAUACUGAAGCAAACCAUUGGAGCAGAAGUUAACAGCUUUGUAAACAAAAAAAUUAAUCAUGUUGGACAAAAGCUUUUAAGGGACUGCAUGAAAACAGAUCAAACACUGAGAGCAAUUAAGGCAGGUCAAAGAGCAAACUACAACCGCUUCAUGAACCAGCCUACACGUGAAAAUCCCAAAAUAUCAUCUUACAUAAGGAGCAUGGAAGAUUCCAAAAGUCCAGGUACACUCUUAGAACUUAAUGCUGCAGUGUCAUUGCCAGAAUAUGGCCGAGGUGUUGCUAUAUAUGAAAUAAAAAAUGUAAAGAAAUGUCUAAGUUGUACAAUAGAUCCGUGCCACACAAAAGCUUCGUCUCCCAACAUAGAACUUAUCUAUACUCCUCCACGAGAAAAAUACUUCCAAGGGCACUAUGAUGUUGUACUAAAAGGAAAGAGGGUGAAAAUUGAACCAGGUUCAGGUGGCUGCCUUUUUCAUGCUUACGUGCUGGGUUUAAAUCCAAAGUUAUCUAGAGAAGAACGAAGGCAACAUGUUGCAAUAAUGCGCCAGAAAGUUGUUAAGUGUUAUAAAACUCAGCCUGAGCUCUGGCAUGAUUACAUUCUCCAAAGAGUUGGUAUAGAAAGUGUAAAAUCAUUGAAGCAACAACCUGUUUUGACACAGUCAGGGCCAUUAACCCUUUGGAGGCCACGGGUAUCCCCAUUUGACGUAUAACAUAUUAACUCCUAGUAUUAUAGCCAUAUUAUAUAAAUUUUUAUGGACUUAUGGGCUAUAUAUGCCAUGGCUUGCUAAGGAUUAAACUGAACUACAGACUAAUUACAGUAAUGAUUACUUGUGAUUUACAUUAAUUGUGAUUGGAAGAUGCUGUUUUUUAUUGGCG